CACCAUAUUCCUUUGUCCUAUAUGAGACAGAAGAGAGAGGUAGAGUGAAGGAUUGGGAGAGAUGUUUCCUUCCACCUCCAGUGCAGUAGUGCUGAGCCAAGGGUUGGUGGCGAGUCAAGAGACCAUGGGGACUCCCCACAUGAGCUUCACCCCUCAAACCUCACCUCUUCCUCAUCUGGCCUUCUCCCCAUAUGGCCUCCAGCACUCUCUGGGAGGGGAUGCUGCCUCUCAUCCGAGGGAAACCCUCCCAUCCUUGCCUCUAAAGCUCAGAGUUGGUGGCUCACCCCAAAUUGGAGCUUCUGCAGUGCAAAGAUCAAGCAGCAAUAGUCCUUGGCCAUGGAAUGAAGAGUGGUCAUUGAACAACAAGAGAUCAUCAGUUGGAGAGGAGCAUCAUAGUAACAACAGGAACAACAGCGGCACCAGUAAUGGUCCUAGUAGCAGUAUCAACUGUCUCUCAGUCAGCGCCUUAAGGAUGAAGAAGAUGAAGGCAAGAAGGAAGGUGAGGGAGCCAAGGUUUUGUUUUAAGACCAUGAGUGAAGUGGAUGUGUUGGAUGAUGGCUACAAGUGGAGGAAGUAUGGCCAGAAGGUUGUGAAGAACACACAGCACCCAAGGAGCUACUACCGAUGCACGCAGGACAACUGCCGGGUCAAGAAGCGGGUCGAGCGUUUGGCCGAGGAUCCGAGGAUGGUGAUCACGACGUAUGAGGGCCGGCAUGCACAUUCUCCGUCCCACGAUGAAGAUGACACCGGAGCUGCUGCUGCAUCUCAGAUCAGCUUCUUCUGGUAGCUCGUAGUUUUCCCUCACAUUCUGUGCUUCAUGCAUCAUUUGUGGUAGUCCCAUGUAAGUGAGAAUAAAGAGGGCCUUUGGCUGGGUCCCCUUAAGUCUUUCUGGGAGUGGUGCAAGUGAAAGAACUAUAUCUGCAUCGCUUUCCAAUAUGUGAACUUAAUGAGAGAUCUAAGUAAUAGUUGAUGGUGCAUGAAAGGCUGCCAAAUUGUAAGGGUCCUUUAGGUCAUGUUCGCUUUUAUAUAUAGGUGUGACAAGGUUGUGUUUUUGUAGGGCAGCAUGAGCUUUGCUUUUCUUUUUC